AUGCGAGUAAUUGACGAAAAACUGGCAACUGACGUUGUGGAGGGAUUAUGUGAUCGACUUAAAGCCCAGACAGCCGAGGACCGAAUACUGGUGAAACAUUUAGGUCGAUAUCUUGAAUUCAAAAAAAGACCCGAUAAGCAAAGGUUCUAUACUAAACUCAUCAAGUUUAGUACAAACCUACACCUUAACUCAUCGGAACUCGCCCAGACAGCUACCGUUGAGUGCUACGCUUUCAGGUUUGUGGGCGUAUUUAAUGACAUCUACAGCUGGGAUCGAAAAUGGAAAGUUUACCAGGAAACCCCGACUGAUGGUGCGCAUCCAUUUUCGGCUAUCUAUACCCUGGCUCAAGAUAUGGGGCUCCCUUACCUGACCUGCAAGCGCCUGCUGUAUCCAUACUGUCGAGAACUUGAGGUGAUGCUUCAAAGAUCUGGCGAGGAGAUGGGAGAUGCUAGUGACAGUACCUUACGUUCAGAUACAGAAAUCUACAUCAAAGUACCU